GUAGUAUUAAAAAUUGUUAAUUAUUAUUUUUUUUAACUAAUGCAUGUUAUUUCUAGUAAAAUAUAAUUAAGCCUUAUUACUAAUGUAAACAGUUGUUCGUAUUUCAUGAAAAAGCGGCUCAAGUGCUCACUAUAAAGAUAGAAAAUAAACAGUAUGGUGCGCAUCCUCAAGAAUGGAGAGAUUGUAGAUGACAGUGACCCUCGGGCACAACAUGGUAGUCCAAGGCAGCAACAGAACACUGGUAGGGUACAACAUGAGAGGAUGCAGGAGGGAGGCCACUUUUCAGUCUUCGAUGAAUUCAACACACGGCUGGCUGGUUAUGGAGUGCCCAGGUUUAACAUUGGAUCUCACACUGUGGAACCCAUUGUACUGAUAGGCUUCAUAGUCGCCGGCCUUCUGUUUGGAUUGCCUGGUUUGCUUCUGGUUGCAAUGCUGUUUGUGAUAUCAAAACUGAGUACCAGUGGUGGAGGAAUUAAUUCGUUUCUUGGAGGUCAAGGUCCAAGUGGUCAGGGUGACCCUAGGUCAUCAGGGUCAAGGUCAACUCAAGGCUCAGGUCACAGACUGGGAAGAUCUUGACCGCAGGAUAUUCUGCAGUUUUAUCAAACUUGGGAAGCAACAUGCAGAGCUAUAGGAACUUUGGUCAGCAUGGGUAUAGCCGUAAUUUAAUGCCUAUAAAUGAGUGCUGUGCUGUGCAUUGGUAACUAAAA